AUGAGGAAGUGCUCAAGAUUAUCUUAUGAUCAAAAAAGAGAAAUUAUAAAUUAUCUUAUUGAUAAUUCUUCUCUAAGUCUAAGGCGUGUUUCAGAAAUUUUUUCGUCGCGUUUCAAAAAAUCAAUUUCGAGACGUGCAAUUAACGAUCUUAAAUUGAACAAACAGAAGAUUCUUGGAAUUAAUCCAAUUUAUGGGAGAAGUUCUCGUUUUUCGAAACUUAGAUAUUCAGCAAUUGAUUCUGAAAUCAUUGCCUGGAUAGAUUACAUGGAAUCUAUUGGAGUUUGCCUCAAUGAUGAGAUAAUUUUGUCGAAAGCAACUGAAAUUGCUGCGUUAAACGGUCUCUUCGAAUUUAAAGCCAGUAAAGGAUGGCUUGAAAAGUUCAAAAAAAGGCACAAUGUAAAACUAAGAAUUUUUCAUGGUGAAUUGGGAUCGAAGACUUCAAAGACCAAAUCGAAGACUUUAAAAAAUUAUCCCUUCUAA